GCACAUUGCUACCCUCACUCAACUGCUCCUCCCACCGAUCUAUCCACGGGAACCCCAGCCCACCACCCCUCCACCGUGCCGAUGGAUCCGUCCGGCGCCGGCGCUGGCGCCUUGCGUCGGAAGGCGGAGCAGUGGUUGAGCGUGGCCGAGAAGCUCCUGGUGGCGCGCGACCUCGAAGGGUGUAAGCAGUUCGCCUCGCAGGCCCUAGCCUCCGAUCCCCACACCCCGGGCGCCGACGACCUCCACGCCGCCGCCGCCGCCCUCCUGGCGGCCCAGCGCCGCCGCCGCCCCAACGGUCAGCCCGAUCCCUACGGCGUCCUCGGCCUCGACCCCACGAAUCCCGCAUCACGCCACCCUGAUGCCAUCCACGCACAGUACCGCAGCCUCUCCUUCCUCCUCAAUCGCUCCCGCCCCGACCGCCCCUGCUCGCUCGCCUUCGCCGAAGCCGCCCGCCUCGUCGCCGAUGCCUGGGCUUUCCUAUCUGAUCCCGCUCGUAAAUCCGCCCUCGACGCGGAGCUCCAUGCCGCCGCCGCCGCCGCAGCUCGCGCAUACCACUCGCCCGCUCCAAAUCUACCGCAGCCGCACUCGCAGUCUCCUCUGCCUUCACGCCCAACUCCACCGACGGCUGCUCCCUCUCCACGCCCAACUCCUCCGCCGGCUGCUCCCUCCCCACGCCCAACUCCGCCGCCGGCUGCUCCCUCCCCACGCCCAACUCCGCCGCCGGCUGCUCCCACUCAACGGCCAACACAACCUCUGGCUACUCCCUCCCCACGGCCGACUCCGCCGCCGGUUUCUCCCCCUCUGCGGCGAACGCCGCCGCCGGUUGCUUCCCCUCCGCGGCCAACUCAGCGGUCGGUUGCUCCCCAAACACGGCCAGCACCGCUGACGGCUGCUCCCGCUCCACGGCCUAGUCCACCACCACCAAUUGCUCUACAAACACAGCCAAGUCCGCCACUACCAUCUACUCCCCAAACGCCGAUAGCUGCAACGGUCUCAGCAGUGCAGUCUGGUGCAGCACCUUCGUCAACUUUCUGGACAGUGUGCGCCUGCUGCCACAUUCACCAGUACGACCGCCAAUAUGAGACUCGCAAGCUGCUGUGCCCUAGCUGCCGCCAGACAUUUGUAGCAGAGGCAAUGGCCGAUCCACCUCCUAUUGUGCCGGGCACCGACAUGUAUUACUGCACCUGGGGGUUCUUCCCCGUUGGGUUCCCUGGGUGUCCUGGCUUUGAAAGAAUGAUCAAUUCACAGCCACGGGGACCAGAUCAGCUGAAUGCGCCGUGGCUUGGUGGCACCGGUGGUGUGAAAGGUAAUACUCAGGAUAAUGCUCAGAAUGGGGCGCCGCCAGUUAUUGCCACAGUAGUAGAAGUGCCAGUAGAGGUGCCGGCCGUGACGCCGCCAGCGAAACCAAUGAGAGUGAAGGUGGGUGCAAAGAAGCGUGGUCGCCCCAAGGGUAGUAAGAACAAGAAGAAAUUGUGAAUGCUAAUGAUGAAGAUGAUGGCUAUGAUCAUAGACCAGAUUGAUUAGUUGGGAUAUGCAUUCAAUCACAUUGCCAUUUAGAUCAACUGAAGCAGGUUGAAUCCUGAUUUUAUGUUGAUUGUCUUUCAUGAGGAGCAUUGCGGUCUUAUUGAUGGAAGAAUUCUUCUUUUCCAGUGGAAGAUUUCUUUCUUUUUCCAGAUAACGCUAAUCUCUUGUUCAUGCCCCCAUUGACUUGCUAUUAUGCUUUAGCUGUUAGCUGUUGUAUUUGCAUACUUUCUAAUUUCACAGCUGACCUGGAGACAGCUGAGUUGAUCUGAAAUGAUAGGUGAAUGCGGCUGGUACUGUUUAUUUUACAUUUGAGUUUGGUGCUAUUGUAACAUGUGCUCUGUGUAGGAAUGCUGCAUUAAAUGAAAUGGUUUAAAGCUCUGUUCUUUUAA